CUUGCUUCCUUCCAGGAACCACUCCGGAGGAAACCGGAAUUCGCGCGCGGGGUCCCUCGUCCCCUCCACGGGGCCCGGCCAUCCAUGCCGUCCCGAGAAAGCACAAGGAACAGUGAAGAAAGCAUCAGGGUCAGGGUUAUAGAUAGAUAGCGAUGCGCGCAGCGCGAGGUGCGCACUCAGAGCUGCUCCGCUCCCUACCCCCUACUCCCCUUGUAGAGUAGAGUAGCGUAGCGUAGCUUGCCCGACGCCGCGACCUCCGGGGGCUUGGCUUUGGGAAAUGGACCAGCCGCUCACUGCCCCCAGUCAGUGGCCGCGCGCCGCACCAAGUGAGCUAGCUACUCUCUAGGCGGAGUGAAGCGAAGCUAGCUUAGCUGCCUCGAGCUUGAGCUGAGCUUGCUCACUCUUCUCCCCUCUUCUUCUAGUACCGGCACACACACCGCAGCUGCGAAAAAGGAAGCUCUCUCUCUCUGGUGGUGCCGGUGCGCCGUGCUUGCUUGCUUGCUUGCGGCUGCAUCCAUGGACGCCUACGAAGCCACCAAGGUGGUGUUCUCGCGGAUCCAGGCGCUGGACCCGGACCACGCCGCCAAGAUCAUGGGCUUCCUGCUCAUCCAGGACCACGGCGAGAAGGAGAUGAUACGCCUCGCCUUCGGCCCCGAGGCGCUGCUGCACACCGUCAUGGCCAAGGCGCGCAAGGACCUGGGCCUGCUCCCGUCGCCAGGCCCGGGGACGCCCACAUCCGUCACCGCCGCCGCAACGCACUCGCCGUUCCUCCUCUCGCGCCAGAACUCCGGGCGCUGCGGCGCCGGCACCGCGCCGUCGCCGCUCUCGGUGUCGUCGCCCUCGUCGUGGGCGCCGCCGCCCCACUUCUCCAGGACCAACAGCGUCGUCAGCAAUGGCGCGCCGGCGGAGGCCUUGGCCGCCGACCUCAUGAGCCCGGCCGCCGCCGGGAACGCGCCGCCGUCGCCCUUCUUUGCCGCCGGGGAACCGCUCCUCGACGAGCUCCAGCUGCAGGAGCAGCUCGCGUUCCUCAGCGACGCCGCCGCCGGCGGCCACCAGCUGCCCCUGUUCGACGCCAGCGAGUGCCGGAGCCCCGGCUCAGGAGACGCCGCCGGGUUCUUCCCGUACGGCGCCCUCGGGUGGGCCAACGGCGGCCCGGGGCACCGCCGGAGCUCGUCGGUCAGCGAGCUCUGCCUCGGCGGGGCCGACGGGCUCGGCUGGAAGCCCUGCCUGUACUACGCCCGCGGGUACUGCAAGAACGGCAGCGCUUGCCGGUUCGUGCACGGCGGCCUCACCGACGACGCCACCGCUAAGAUGGACACCGCCACCUUGGAGCAGCAGUGCCAGGACAUCCUGCUCCGCUCCAAGUCCCAGCGCCUUGCCGCCUUCCCCUACUCCCCGACCGGCUCGGUCCCGGGCUCCCCGUCCGCGGCCACCAAGUGCCUGAGCUUGCUCUUGCACCAGCAGCAGCAGCAGAACGAGAACCAGAGGGUGGCAGCUGCAGCGGCCGCCGCGGCGCUGAUGCUGGGCGGCGACGACGCGCACAAGUUCAUUGGGCGGCCGCGGCUGGACCGCGCCGACUUGGCGAGCUUGGUGAACCCGGGCUCGCGCCAGAUUUACCUCACCUUCCCGGCAGACAGCACCUUCCGCGAGGAGGACGUGUCCAACUACUUCAGCAUCUACGGCCCCGUCCACGACGUGCGCAUCCCGUACCAGCAGAAGCGCAUGUUCGGGUUCGUCACCUUCGUGUACCCGGAGACGGUGAAGCUGAUCCUGGCCAAGGGCAACCCGCACUUCAUCUGCGACGCGCGCGUGCUCGUGAAGCCCUACAAGGAGAAGGGCAAGGUCCCCGACAAGUACAGGAAGCAGCAGCUGCAAGGCGAGAGGGCGGUGGAUUUCUUCUCCAACGGGUUAGACGGCAGAGAAAACCACUUGGAUCUGCACCAGCUGGGUGCGAGGAUGCUCCAGCACUCGCACAGCGCGAACGAGAUGCUGCUGAGGAGGAAGCUGGAGGAGCAGCAGCAGGCCGCUGCUGCCGAGCUGCAGCAGGCCAUGGAGCUCCAGAGCCGCCGCCUGAUGAGGCUGCAGCUGCUGGACCUGAAGCCGCGCGCGUCGCCGAGCCCCAUCGGCAGCAUGCCCCUGGGCCCCACCCAAAGGGCCGUCGACUCGCCGCCCGAUUCCGGCAGGGAGGAGUCGUCCGCCGGCGACGCGAGCCCGAACGCGGACAGCGACCAAAGCGCCGAGCACAACCUGCCGGACAGCCCGUUCGCGUCGCCGACGAGGUCCGCGGCCUUGGCUCGCGACCCUUUCGCGGCCAUCGACCGGGAGAUGGCUGCCUCGCCCGGUCGUCGAAACGGCGCCGGUUCCUUCGCUGGCAUCAGCAGCAGCAGCGGCGUCCUCGCCGGCCAUCUGAGGCCGUCGGCUCUGGACAUCCCUUCGCCGUUCUUCCCCAUGUCGAUGACCAGGCUGUCCUCCGAUCACGGCGCCGGCGCGAUCGGGAUGUAAAGUUAUAUAGUCCUCGCUGCUACUUGCCUAAUCAUAGAAUACUUAACUAGAAGCAAAGGAAAGAAGAUAUAGUAGUGGGAGUAGUAUAGGAGAAACAAAACAUCGCAGCGUAGUUCCUUUUUUUUUACUUUGUUUGUUUGUUUGUUUUUUUACCAUGAAACCAAAGGUCAGCAGAUGGCAGCAGCAAGCAACAGAUUAUAGCGCUUGCUCUCCUAUUACAUUACAUUACAUGAUGCAUUUAGCACUAAUUAGUAGUAGUUACUAUUACCAGCCCAUCUAGGUAGCUGCUCCUCCAUGACCAUGAUAUGCACAGCAGUACUAGGGGGGAGGAGGGGUGUGUGAUGCACAAGAAGAUGCUGCUGCUACCCACAUGGGACUACACUGGAUGCAGACAGACGUGACAGACCAGCUGGUCCAGCGUGAAGAUCUCACAGGAUUAGAAGAAACAAACGAGUCCCGGUCCCACCAGUGUAGGUGUCAUUGAAGGAGGACCGGCCCACAGCCUGCUGCUGCUGCUGUGCAAAUCAUUGUUGGCUGCGUCCCUUCAGCCCUCUAGCACUAGCAGUAGCAGCGCCGGAUGCAGCUCACUACAAACAAACAAAAAAGUUGUGUUUUUUCCUGUUCUUUGAAUUUUACUUUUGCCUCUGUCGAAUGAAAUCUCUACUCUAGUUGAUACAAAGAAAUGAAAGUGGAAGAUAUGGAAAU